CAGGCUUCGCUCUGCCCUCUCCUCUUCGCUGAAGAUUGUUGCUCUGGAGCUCUCUUCCUUCACGCCUCGAGCUCUUUUCCCUCACGCUCUUCCUUCACGCCCGCCCUCGAGCUCUCUUCCCUCACGCCCACCCUCGAGCUCUCUUUCCUUCAAGCUCGCUUCCCUCACGCCGCGAUUGCCUCUCUUCCCAAGCACUCGACCGUCUGCAAGGGGAGGAAGAAGAAGACGAUUGAGCACUUCGCCGUGAAGAGCGUCGACAAGUCUCGGAAGAGCAAGGUCCUCUACGAGGUGAGUGUCCGUGUAUCGCCCCGCAAUUUCGUCAAUUUACGCAUUGUGGGGGCUUGCGGGUGCUUGGGGGGAAUUCGAGUGUAGGAUAGGCUCUUUUAAGGAAUUCUGGUGGUUACGGUUUGAUUUGCUACGGGUGUGAUGAGGUAAUGUGCAAAUUGGAUGGGAUGAUUUGGUUUUGGUUUGUGUUUCUUGGUUUUAGUGGUUUGGCAUGUUGAUGGGGGGUGGAUUGGUGUCCUUUUGAUUCGGUUUGGUGAAUUGGGUGUUGAUGAUUUUGCUUGAUGCGGUUUUGGGGUACAAUUUUGUUCAUGCAAUUGAUUCUUUUCACUGAUUUAGAAUUUUCAUGAUUCUUCAUCUUAGUUGGGGAACUGUUCUUGGUACUGCAAAGAAUUUUUUCCUUGUCUCUCUUCUUGGUUGAAUUCGUUGGCUCUUUGGUGGAUAUUAUUAUUUGUUCAGCGUUACUUGUUGGUUGCAUUAUUAGCGCUUAAAACUUUUUAAUGGAUCCGUGGAUUGUUACAACUUGCGGUUAGAGAGCAGUUCUUGCGAUCAUUGAUAAUGGGAAUUAGAAAGAUUUGCAGAUAAAGUCGAUGUGAUCUCAGUUCCUGUAUCACUUAUGGUCUUGUCAUCCUGUAGAACAAUUUGUUUCUCUUUGACUGACUGUCCUUUUUUGUCUUUAGAUAGAAAACAUAAUCAUCAAUGUACAUAAUUUGUUCUCUAAAACUUUGAUAGAAUACAUAUGCUCUGAUGUUCAAUGAUUUUACUGCUCGAAUAUAUGGAUACAACUGAUGUCUCUAUUAGGUCUUUGCAUAAUCUUGAGUAUGGAAUUUGAAAUAGAAGUUUUUCAUUAAUUGUGGAAAUAUUUUUUUGUACAAAAUUUGAGUGUAUGUGAGAAAUAUUUUGUAUGUUUUUUGGUAGAUCAUAUGUAUAUGUUUCCCGAUUGUGUGUGCUAUGCACGGCUGUGCUAUUGUUGAGGGUUGUAUGUCAUUUUUUUGUGCCUGUCAAACUUGUUCAUUUUCAUAUACUAGAAGAUGGCAAGUUCAACCAAGGAAAAGGCAUAUUGGACCACCGAAGAUGUGGAAACAUUUUGUCAAUUGUGCGUUGAACAAAUCGAUAAAGGCAAUCGUCUUGCAACCAACAAGAGGGAUGGAUGGACAGUCAUAAUUACUAAGUUUGACGAAUUGAGGGGCAAAAAGUAUGAUAAGAGUCAAAUGAAGAGUAAGUGAGAUAAUCUUAAAGAAGAAUGAAAAAGAUGGAGGACAUUGGUUCAUAGUGAAACAGGACCAGGAUGUGAUUCAAGGAAGAAAACCAUUGAUGCGAGUGAUGAAUGGUGGGAGAGUAAAAUUCAGGCCAAUCCUAAAGUGAAGGUUUUUAGGACGAGAGGCAUACCUCCUAAUCUUGAAGUGUUGUUAGAAAGAAUGUUUAGGGAUACAGUUGCUAUUGGAGGAAUCACAUGGAAUCCUGCUCAAAAUUUACGUAUCGAUGAGGAUGUUGAGACCACACAACCUAAUAUCGGUGAUGGUACAGGAUCUACUGAUGAUAACUUGGAGUGUCAUGAGGGUGAACAGAUUGCUGAACCAACUGUAACUCGGAGCCGGAAAAGAUCGGCGCAAACUUCAACGAGCCAAGCUCGAGGGAAGAGAGAAAAUAGAUUCAGCCCAGUACAACAGCUUGGAAACCAAAUUAAUAGGCUAUGUUCCACUGUUGAAAGUAGGAACGCUGCCCUUGUUGCAGCUCAAGCAAAUGAGGGAUUCGGUCCUUACAAGGACCUCAUAGCAAUGUUGGAUAGCAUACCUGAGAUUGCACAAGAUGAAAAGUUAUACUUUUUUGCAAUCAAACAUUUUAAGGAAAAGAAAGACAAUAGGCAGGUCUUCAUGAGCUUGAUGAGUGAUGCACUAAAAGUCAAGUAUCUCAAGCUUGAGUUGGAAGAGCUUAAUCAUAGUUAGGAUGUCAUAGCAUUUUUUUUUUAACUUUUUGGUAUGCUACUUUGUUCUCGUACGACAUCUCUAGUUGCAUUACGUGUGAACCCAAUUUCUAUUAAUGUUUUAAUGUGAGUGUGGUGUUAUCUUUAUGUGGUUGAGUUUGCGUAUAUUUGAUUGGUGAUGUUGUUUCUCUUGAUGGAUGAUCAAGUUUAUUAAUU